AUGUUCUCAGUAUGGCAGGGGAUACUUAGCUUUGAUUGGUGGGGAGUGGGAGAGCGAGCAAGCUGCAUUUCAUCAAUCACCUCUGACCGUUCCACCGGAGGUGUCUACACAUAUGUCUCCGCGCAGGAUACAGAGGUCACAGGAACCAGCAUCAAGAAAUCAACGGUGACGACGACCUUGGAUCCUGAGGAGACCGUGAUUGUACUUGCAGAAUAUGUGCAAGGAUUCAACUUCGUGUCAUCCUCCAAUACUUCUCCAGCAUCAGCACCAACCGGCUUUACCUCCUGUUCAGAAAAUCAUGGUCUCAGCAGCGGUGCUCGGACAGGAAUUGGAAUUGAAGUUGCUUUUGGAGUCAUCUUUGUGAUAAGCAUGUUAGCCUUGUUGUGGUUCCGCCACCGUCGGCGAAAAGGCCUGGCCGCGCAAAUGGGGAAGCGACAUGGUGAAGGAUCCUAG